CGAAAGUCACGAUGUCGAGCACGGUGGAAAUCUGUCAGCUGGCUUAUGACGGCAACGUAGGCCAGCUGAAAUGGAAAAUAAACAAUGACAGGUCACUGGCGAUAAAGACAGACGAUUCUGGGAGGACAGCGUUGCACUGGGCCACCUCAGCUGGGCACACAGAGAUAGUGGAGUAUCUUCUCUCACUGGAGGUUCCUGUUGAUCAGAGAGAUGAGGCUAAUUGGACUCCACUGAUGAUUGCCGUCUCAGCUGGGCGCACACAAAUUGUCUCCAACUUAAUAGCCAGGGGAGCCCAGGUCAAUGCUAUCAACUCGACGGGUCAAUGCUCUCUGCAUUAUGCUGCAUCCAAAGACAGAUUUGAGAUAGCAGAGACACUGCUGGAACAUGGCGCUGACCUUAAUGUAGGGGACAAUGUAAACAACACCCCACUGCACAGAGCUGCGUCCAAAGGCCAUGUCAAGAUGGUCAAGCUUCUCUUAUCUUAUAGUGUUGAUGUCAACUACAAAGACAAGGCUGGGAACACACCCCUACACCUGGCUUGUGAAGAAGAGAGGUCAAAGGUCGCUAAGCUGUUAGUCGAGGCAGGUGCUUUGGUGAGCGUUGAAAACAAGGAUAAGAAGACACCACUAGACCUGGCACCAGCACAAAUGAGGAGACAACUUCUGACAAUACAACCCUGACAGUCCUCACAUUUGGCAUGUCCAGUGUGAAAGGGAACAGUGAUGCCAACACGAAUGAGGAGACAACUUCUGACAAUACAACCCUGACAGUCCUCACAUUUGGCAUGUCCAUUGUGAAAGGAAACAGUGAUGCCAACACGAAUGAGGAGACUACUGUCACACUUGGCAUGCCUAGUAUCACCACUGUCGUCAGUGCUAACACAGUGAAGGGCAGUCACUUGAACCACACAUUCAUCACUCCAGCACAGUUAUACUGUCACAGUUCUGUUGCUCUCUUACAUUCUCCAAAUUUUGCCAACAUUACCUUCUCGUCACUUUGUCUAACCAUAACCUGCAUUGUGGACUGGAAUUAAUUGGUUUUUGUUUAACUUUACACUUCAUUAGCAUCAUCACCACUGACUGUAUGGCUGAAAUGUCUCUCCUUCGCUACACAUUAUAAUUAUGUUUGCCUUUCUCUAUCAUUAAUACUAUUAGUUAACCAAAACCGAUGGUGCCAUUUGUAAGUAAGACUAUUAGAAGUAUGUGUCGUAUCAACUUUCAGCUAGAAUCCACUGACUAUUAGAAGUAUGUGUCGCAUCAACUUUCAGCUAGAAUCCACUGACUAUUAGAAGUAUGUGUCGUAUCAACUUUCAGCCAGAAUCCACUGACUGUUAGAGGUAUGUGUCAUAUCAACUUUCAGCUAGAAUCCACUGACUGUUAGAAGUAUUUGUCGUAUCAACUUUCAGCUAGAAUCCACUGACUAUUAGAAGCAUUUGUCGUAUCAACUUUCAGCUAGAAUCCACUGACUAUUAGAAGCAUUUGUCGUAUCAACUUUCAGCUAGAAUCCACUGACUGUUAGAAGUAUUUGUCGUAUCAACUUUCAGCUAGAAUCCACUGACUGUUAGAAGCAUGUGUCGUAUCAACUUUCAGCUAGAAUCCACUGACUGUUAGAAGUAUGUGUCAUAUCAACUAUCAGCUAGAAUCCACUGACUAUUGGAAGAAUUUGUCGUAUCAACUUUCAGCUAGAAUCCACUGACUAUUGGAAGAAUUUGUCGUAUCAACUUUCAGCUAGAAUCCACUGACUAUUAGAAGAAUUUGUUGCAUCAGCUUUCAGCUGGAAUCUACAAAAUAGAAUUUGACUUUUGUCAAUAUUACAAAUCACAUCAUGUAAACACGGUUCACAGUUUACAUCCCAGACAGCCUGUGUCCUCUUAGUGCGGCUUUCUUGCAAACAAAUGUUGUGAUGGUACCACACUGUAUAUUUGUAUGGAUGUAUGUUUGUAUGGUUGGGGUUUAGCGUUGUGCUUAACAAUUUUUUAGUGUUAUAACGAGGAGGAGUCAAUAGGUAUGUAUACAUACCUAUGUAUACUACUGUGUCUUCUUGUGGCAGGGCGAGUCCAUGAAAUAUCAUGCCAAAGCCACCAGACAUGACCCCCGCCCAGUCACAUUAUACAGACAUGGGGCCAAUCACUCAUGUUUCCUUGCUUUAACCACUCAGUGCUGAGCGUCAAGGGAGGCUGCAGCAAGUACCAGUUUUAAAGUCUUUGGUACAUGUACGUGUGUGGCCUGAGCCAGGUUUGAUCCUCCUGACCCUCCAUGGUCUCCUGACUUUUACAAAGUCGCUGUAACCAUUUGUGUAAUUGUAGUGAUACUAGUGGUAUGGUGGAGUGACAGAUAUGAAUCGGUCAUGGUUAUGGACGUCAUUCUCCCCAGAUAUUGAUUAGCAGGAUUUGAACUAGAGUAGUUAUGUGGAUUUAUCUGAUUUUUUGCUAAGAAUUUCCAAGAAAGUAAAAAAGUGUGAAAUGAGUUAAUGUUGUGGUUUACACAUUUUGUAUAUAUGUCAUUUUAUACAUAGCUAGAUCGAUUGCACAAAUGUACCAGUGUUUGCAUAUAUGUCAUUUUAUGCAAAGCUAGACAGAUUGCAAAAAUGUACCGGUGCAAAUAUACGUUGCUUUGUUGUCUGCGUUAAGGACUAAAAUCACUAUUUGUGCACAACAGUGCAAAGCUGAAAUGAUACCUUGUAAAACAGACAGACAGACAGUGAUAUGUGCUGACCUACAGGUAGUUGGCAUCACUGAUGGGUUUAGCCAGAUAAAGGAUGUCAGCUGGUGUAUCAGUGAUGUCUGUUGACCAAGUUGACAUGUGUACUGACCUAGUCAACAUGCGUUUAGCAAGAUAAAAGUUGUCAGCUGGUGUAUAAGUGAUGUGUGCUGCAUAGUUGACAUGGGUUUAGCAAGA